CUUCGAUCCUCUUAGCCUAUAAAACACUACAACUCCAUAUAAGAAGUAAAAUAAAGGAUAUGAGAGCUCUAACAGCAGGCUGUUAAGAGCCGAAAUUCCUAUUAUUCAUUUAUUUUAUAGCUAAUAUUGUUCCGCAUGUUUCAUAGGCAUUAACUGCAGGUGGCGAAUUUAGCUGAUUUUCAUUUAUUCUUCUCAUGAUGCCUCCACGAAAACAGACCCCGAAAAAGGGGGCGUCCAAGACGGGAGGUGGAGGUGGAGGACCAAAGAAACCUGCGGAGACCAAGGAAGAGUUCGAAGAAGAGCUCAAGGUACUAGCUGGCCAAGCUAAGGAGGAGAAUUGGAUCAAUUGGGCUAUUGAGCAGGCUAUUGUUUAUGUAAAGGCCGCGGCCCUCAUCAUACUCAUGGCCGUAUAUGCCAACGUCUCCAUGCUGACGCUGUCGCCUGUCUACGGCCAAAUUCCCGCGGCUAGACUACACCAGAGGGUAGUAUGGUCGGCUUUAUUUGUAGGAUGGGGGGUUAACGUUGUUCUAAGACGCUCCUUGCCCUUUAAAACGAUUUCUCUACUACCCCUGGUGGCCGCAUAUAUCCCUAUGGCACAAUUUUUCCUCUUCCAGGCGAGUGAGACCUUCGGUGCGAAGCUAGGACCAGCCAUCACCGAGGCUCUCACGUUAUUCCCGUUGGUCGUACUUAGUACGGCGUGUAUAGCAGACGUCCUCGAAAACGCUGAUCUGAGCAUCUUGCCCAAGUCCAUUGCUGGCUCCAUGCCGGGUCUAGGCUCCUAUGCAUUCUUCAAGUUUGUCGAAAAGGAAACGCUACAGCAACUGUUUGAACAGAUUGGCAAAUCGCUGCCGCAGACGCGUGUGGGUUUGGAAUUGGUGCUAGCUACGACUUAUAGCAUCAUGGCCCGAUCGAAACUCCUCGUCUGGGCCAUCCCGGCGAUCCUGCAUGCUGGUUUUUACAAUACGCACCUCAUGACCCCAAUGGCUACUAGCUCUCUAAACACAACCCUACAGGCUAGUGGGUGGUCAUUAGUUGAUCGGUGGGAGUCCAACACUGGGUAUAUCUCAGUCCUGAACAAUCAUAAGGACGGAUUCCGAACUAUGAGAUGUGACCAUAGUCUACUUGGCGGCGAAUGGACCAAGUUUGGGCGGAGAAUAGUCGCAGAACCCAUCUACAGCGUCUUUACUCAGCUUGAAGCAGUGCGUCUUGUUCCAACUCCAAACAAAACACCUGACAACGAAGCAAAAGCUCUAAAUAUUGGUCUUGGUAUCGGAACUACACCAUCGGCUUUGAUAGCGCAUGGCAUAGAUACGACCAUUGUCGAAAUCGAUCCCGUAGUUUAUGAUUUUGCCAAGAAAUACUUCGGGCUACCCCUGAAUCAUACCGCCGUGAUCCAAGACGCAAUCUCUUGGAGCCAGUCUAAUAAGGAUACCCUCCACGAAUUUUACGACUAUAUUAUCCAUGACGUCUUCACGGGUGGCGCAGAGCCAAUACCUUUAUUUACCUACGAAUUCUUAUCUGGGUUAAGACACAUGCUAAAGCCUAAUGGUGUAAUAGCUAUCAACUAUGCUGGUGAUUUCACUCUACCCCCGCUUGGAAUUGUCAUGAACACGAUUAGGGAAGUCUUCCCCUCAUGCCGCAUCUUUAGAGAAAGCGAGGCGCCUUCCGCAGAGACACUUGAAGAGUCAGGUCGCGAUUUCGACAACGUCAUCGUCUUUUGUACCAAGACGGGAGAGAAAGUCACGUUCCGAAAACCCACCGAAGCCGACUACCUCGGUAGUCUGGCUAGGAGGGCGUACCUCUUGCCCAAGCACGAGGUGAACGAAUCGGCCUUCUUAGCUGCUGCCGCGGACGCGGGGGUCCUUAGGGUAAACGAGACCGAGAAGCUGGAGAAGUGGCACGAUCAGGGCGCUCUAGGCCACUGGGCUGUAAUGCGGACCGUCAUACCGCACUAUAUCUGGGAGAACUGGUGAGCGCGGUAACGUUACUGCGAGUAUUUCGUGCACUUGCCUAUGAUACAACUACUAGAUAUGUAGUAUAUAUCCGAAUAAUCUAGUACGAAAUAUCGAAUAGGUAUAUUAAAAAGUAUGUUAUUUCGUUAUUAUGGGAAGAUUGUGAUCGUUAAA